GUUUAUUAGUGUGACAAUGGUUAGUAAAGUUACAUACAAGUGUACAAUUCUGUAAUACAUCAUUUAUAUAUCGUAUUUUGAGUUUACCACCCAUAGACAGAAAAUAGUUUAGUAAUUACCAGGGAGGGGGAUAGUAGGUGAAGGUAAACAGGAUCAAAUAUAUAGUGAUGAAAGAAGAUAUGUAAUUUUAACUAGCAAAUAAAGGAAUAAACAAGAUAAAUUUUCAGUUCCAAAAUUCUCCUUGUAGCAUAUUUGCUUGAGUAAAAAUGAAUCUUAAAUAUCACUUGUAAUUAUUUUUUUUUAGUUUUCAACCUUAAAAUUGCAAAAUACUAAAUUAUAAAUUGACACAUUUAAGCACAUUGACUUCAUGAUAAUCAAUUCUUGAUUUUAUGAAUUUUAAAGCUAUUAAUUGCAUUGAAAUAAAUACUACUACCUUAGUAAAAAAAUUGAAACAUAGAUGCCUGAACAGUUACAAGUUCUUAGAGGAGCAAGAACACUGUUUUGUGUUCUUAAACUAUGUUUAUAAUAUUUUACUUUAAAAAAAUUAAUCUGAAAAAAUGUUUUUAUCCAGUUUAUUAAUUUUGGUUGAAUGAGACCUGUGGAUCUUGGUAUUUCUUAAGGAAAUCACAAUUCAAAUUUGGGUACAUAAUAACAAAUUGCCUACUAUAAAUUCUAUAAUAAAUAAAUUGUGAUUACAUGUAACUUUCCUUUUUUUUUCCUUCAGUUUUCGUAUGCUGGCCAAGGUCUGAGCUAUUAAUUAUAGAUCUCACAGAUAUCACAAUUUUACUUUCCAAAAGUAUCCAAAGGAUUAUACAGACCUUAUUUUAAUUAUUUCCAAUAGGUUUGAACCUCCCAGGACAGGGACUAUCUCUUAAUUUAAUCUUUGCCUAACCAGCACCUUGGACAGUGCCAAGCAUCAACUGAGAGCUUCUCUAUUUUGAAGCAGUUGAGUGUAUGAAUGAUUUUCUUGUGAUAUCAUAAUCGUCUUAUAUUGUAUAUCGCUGGAGAUACUAUUCACCAGGGUUUGAACAUCCUUUUUAAUUUUUCUGUAACGAUAUUGCUUCUACCCAAGCUACUUCUAAAUUGUUUUAAUUUCAUUUUUAAUGCAAGGUGUUACACUUGGAAAAUAAAAUCUUACGCUAAAGCUCAUGUUAGAAUAAAAAGCUAUUAUUUCAAAAUAUUGACCUUUUUACACACAAAACCACAAUAUUAAUGUAACAGGCAUUUAAUUUAAAAAAAAUACCCCUUCUAAAGUAAUGUUUAGUUUUAUCCUCAUAUUCCAGUUCACUAAGGAAUUGGUAAGAGGGAGAUGCUUGCGCCGCCCCCACAAAAACAAAAACAAAACUAGGAGGUAAGAGAAUUUUCCAGUCAGAUUUUUAAAAUAUUAUUACCGUGGAACAGUAUGGUUUAGUGUAUAUCUUAAAGCAUAUAUUGUGAGUCCCCGUCCUUUCCAAUUCCCUUUAAGCUCAUAUCGAAUAAAUACAUUCAUAUUACCCACAUGCACUGCUAUAAAGAUUAUGGAUCCUAGCAAUUGUUCCUUGUAUUCACAAUGGAAACUAGAACUUAAGAGAGAAGAAAUGUACCGAAGGCAAACUCGGCUGUAAACGAUCUCUGUAAACUAAUAUUUAUUCGGUUUGCACUAAAUCAGUCGAGGCAUCACAAGAACCCUUUGUCUGUGGGACUAUGAGUCUGGCAACCAUUAUCUGCUCAUGGAAAGGACGUCUGAUGACUCCGCCCGGACUGGGGGUGGGGACGUCUCUCUCCGCGUGGAGAGCUCGACAGGAGAAUUAAAGUGAGUGAACAAAGAGAACUCCCAGCAGCCGCCCGUCAGCGCCUUGCAGCUGCAUCUGGAGACGUCAGUCAAUCCCGGAAGGCUGUUCGCAUUCGUCUCUCUGAGAAAAGAACUCAAGUAAAUAAUUGAUGGAGAUUGAUCGAGCCCAGGACAAAGCUUUGCAGAAAACCAGUGCAUCCGAUUUCGAGCGGUUUUGGAAUCUUCUGCCAAGUACGGAAUAUGGGAGUGCAGCAAGGACUUUGAGCGUGGCUACCCAUCUUCCAUCUCGGGCGUGGCUUUGGCCUUUUUUGUCUUCUUGCCACCACCACCCUCACCCCGUCUCCGCCUUAUUCUCUUUCCUCUUGAAAGUAGCCUCUCUUUGGUUAGAUCUACUCUGUCCUCCCUUGCAAUCCCGCCCCCUCCCCUGCCCAGUCCGGUGAGGUCAGCUCAUGAAUAUCAGUGCACUUCCUGGGGAGCGUCUGGCACGGCGUGGUACCUCCGGUGUUCGCCUGCUCCGAGCCGCAGCUCCAGCUGAGCCGCGGACCGCCGCUCUGGGGGCCGCUGAGUCUGCACGUUAACGCCUUUGUUUGGAGAAAUCCAGGGGUUGUGGAACUUGGGCGAGGGAGCCCCAAGUCGUGCUCAGCCCGCAGGUCGCAUAUCAUACUAACGAAGUUAAACUUUCCUCGUCUGUGAAAGACACAAUAAACCCUGAGGUCGAAGGAAGAUCGGAAGGAAAGCGCUGUUGAUUUGCAUCAACUUCGAAACAUCGCCUCUGCUGAGAAGUGAGAGCAGCUCUGGAUUUCUAGAGGGAUGGGGAUGAGAGAUGGAGUGGAUCACUAGGCAGAUUAAAAUUGAGAUGAAAAGUCUUGCUUUGGGCCGUUCUGGGGUUGCUUAGUUGGCGAUUUCCACGAGGAAAGCCUUGAAGAGACACAGCAUCGUGUCACUGGGAGAAAUAACGUGACAGCGACCAGGUACCUUUGAUUGUGGAAGCUGAGUUUGGGUAACCUGAGCUUUCUCCUAGGUUGCAGGUGUCUAGGGGCUGAGUUGAAGCGUUCUCUAGUGACUCUCCGCUUCGGAGUGAUUCUACCUAUUUCAAAACUAAAAUAAGGUUGCAUUGGCAAUAUAACUUGUUUGGGUGGUCCACAAGGAUGAACUAGGCCAGACAUUCUAGGAGUAGGUGGCUCCGGGAAAACACCUAGAAAAUAAGUUGAUGGACAACUCCUUCCCCCCUCCCCCGCCCCCCAUGUCUUCUUUGUUCACUAUUAUUUUCCAAAAUGAGUUGGAAGGAGAUCCCAGGAAGAGAAAGGGAGGUGGAGAAGGAGCUGUUCAGUAAUAUUUCUUUACAAAAUGGGAAUUACUGCAUGUUGAGUAAGUUAUAUUUAAAAUAGACAAUGGAUAAUGCUAGUAAAGUAACUGGCAAGUAUCUCCUUUCUAAAGGGAGGGAGUUUUUUUGUUUUUUUUUCUAAAGCAGAACUUUCUGUCUAGUCAUGCCCUUCUCAGUGCUGUAGAGAGAAAUUAUAGUUUUAAGGAAAAGGCACCUAAUUGACUAGCUGACUAGCUAGCUGAUCACUAGGGAGAAAAACCCAGGAGACAAUGGCUUGCUAUUUUCCAGAUUUUAAAUACCAGUGAUGGAUUUAUCUUUGAAAAAAUACAUAAUAGAAGUUAAUCUUUUCACCAUGAGUGAGAAUGCACUAGCUUUCUGGGGUGCAGGUUCAUUCUGUCUCGGAAUUUGGCAGCAUAGAAAGGACUGGGCCCUUUAAAAAUACAACUUUGCCAGUGAUAUACCAUCUAAGAAGAUGCUUAAGAAUUAAAAUAUUUUCUAUCAAUUACACUUAAAACUAAAAUGAUUCACAAGAACUAUGAAAUUCGGAUAAGUGUAGAAAAAGGCAUCACCAGUAAAUUAAGAAAUUGUGCAGAGCUGCCAAUAAACUUUCGCAAAAGUAUUUUUAAAAUUAUUUCCCAAAGCUAAAAAAAAAUCCCUUUAGACUUACUAAUGACUUAAGUAUAUAGAUGAUUCCCAAUGCCAUUAUUUUUGUGAAAUCGAAGUUGAUUUAAAGUCAUUCAUUAUUUAUGUUUUCUCUUAGUCAUAGUCUAAAGGAAAUUGGAUGCAUUUACCCAACCGAGGUCAACACUAAGGGUUAGAACUGUUUGAGAAAAGCGCCAUUUAUCCACAGCAACUUUUCUUCAGGAACCUCCAUUACCCUUUUUCUGUAAUUGACAUUUGGGAACAUUAAUUACAUAAAACUUUCUCUACUAAACUAGGCUUUAAAAUGCAGAUUUGAGGUGAAGAAAACCGAAGUUGAAAAGUCAAGGUAUUGACAGCUCUAGCAUGUGGACAUCUCCUUUUUCUCUGAAUCUUCUUCUUGACCUUAUCCUCCUUUUUUUUUUUAAUCCCCUUUCCCAUCAAUUCUUUUCUGACUCCAUGUCUCACUCUUGCCAAAACCUGUUACCUUGAGAAUGUUAGGUUCAGCUGCUUGCAGAUGGUCGUCUUUUACUGAGGUGGAGUGAAAUGGAAAUAGCGCCUCCCUGGGCAAAACGAGAAUUGACAUUUCUGCACCUUACUCUUAAAGUCAAAGCUUCUGUUAAGCUCCUUCCAAAUCUCAUCAUUUUCUAGGGCUUUUCUUGCACAGGAAAAACACCAUUUGCUCUAACAACGCGUACAUGCUGUGUGCUUUCCUUCUUUUGUUUCUGUCCCAGAUUAGAAAGGAAAUUUGGUGGCGGUGAGGAGAGAAGAGAAUGAUCUGAUGAUGAUGGACCAUUCUAUAACUCGCAUCCGGUAGAUUCUUCCUAGACAGCCAUGAGCCAGCCACCGACGGGGGGCGCUGCCCCUGCCACAGCCGCAGCUUCUGCCGCCGCCGGUGUCACAGAGGCUCGCCUGCACCCGGAGGGCAGCAGCAGAAAGCAGCAGCGUGCUCAGUCACCCGCUAGACUGAGGGACAAUUCGGUCCGACAGACAACCGCGGCUACCCGAUCCCCGGUGGGGGCAGGCACUAAACUCAAUUCUUUGCGGCAGCAGCAAUUGCAGCAGCAGCAGAGCAACAAGACCGGGGGCCGCGCGGCGCCUCCUGCCAACGCCAGAGGAAGCGGAGGCGGGGCGGAGAAGGCGGUGCCCCUGGCUCCCAAAGGGGCCGUGCCGGGAACUGUCCAGCCCGUGCCUGGUGCUGAAGCAGCCCCCGCGGCGACCCUGGCCCCGGUGGGCGGCAGGAGGCCCGGCCCGCCCGAGGAGCCGCCCCAGGAGCCAGAGGCCGUGUCCUCUAAACUGGGGGAAAGCCCUCCGCUCGGAGAAGGAGGGGGAGGGGAAGGGGAAGGAGGAGGAGCCGGCGGCGGCUCCGGGGAAAGGGAGGGGGGCGCUCCGCAGCCGCCGCCGCCCAGGGGCUGGCGAGGGAAAGGCGUACGCUCACAGCACAGGGGCGGCAGCGGCGGGGAGGGGGCCUCCACGUCGCCAUCCGCCUUCUCUGCGGGCAAAACCCCAGGCCCUGGCAGCAGAAACUCCGGAAGCGGUGUUGUGGGGGGCGGCAGCGGUGGCGGAGGGAGCUACUGGAAGGAAGGAUGUCUGCAGUCUGAGCUCAUUCAAUUCCAUCUCAAGAAGGAGCGGGCGGCAGCGGCAGCAGCCGCGGCUCAGAUGCACACUAAGAACGGCGGCGGCUCCAGCAGCCGCAACUCCCCGGUCUCUGGCGCCUCUGCCAUUUUCGAGCCUCUUGCAGUCCCUUCCGCCUCCCCAAUGGCGGCGGCUGCGGAGGGUCCCCAGCAGAGCGCAGAGGGCAGCGCGAGCAGCGGGGGCAUGCAGGCUGCGGCACCCCCUUCGUCGCAGCCGCACCCGCAGCAGCUCCAGGAGCAGGAAGAAAUGCAGGAGGAGAUGGAGAAGCUUCGCGAGGAAAACGAGACUCUAAAAAACGAGAUCGACGAGCUGAGGACGGAGAUGGACGAGAUGAGGGACACUUUCUUCGAGGAGGAUGCCUGUCAACUGCAGGAAAUGCGCCACGAGUUGGAGAGAGCCAACAAAAACUGUCGGAUCCUGCAGUACCGCCUCCGCAAAGCCGAGCGCAAAAGGCUCCGCUACGCGCAGACCGGGGAAAUCGACGGGGAGCUGCUGCGCAGCCUGGAGCAGGACCUCAAGGUCUGCAGCGCUGGCGCUCUGGGCGGCGGGUGGGGACUGUGGUCCAGGGCUCUUUGUACUGAAAGGCAAAGAGCUUUUCGCAGCUCUGACCACACAAAAUCAGCCCCAGAAGGAGACAGGGGAGAACAGACAGGUGGAUCUGAAGAGUCUAGUGUGUGGAAGGCCUUGAGGAGUGUGAGCUCUGUGGACUCUCCUGGGAGUAAUGGUGGCUCUUCCUGGCAGAAAACAAGGGUGUGGCAGAGCGCAGGCUCUGGCCUUGAUCUGGCCUCUAGAAUCUGUCUUCCCAGUAAAGGCCCGGUGGAAUCCCGCACUCAAGAGCAGUGUGAUGAGGACUCCUGCAGAGUAGAGGAAGCCCUGAAUAGGAACAGCACUGGAAGGAUACCCGAGUUGAGAUUUCUCUCUGCCAAGUCCCUGCCCCCCACCCCGCCCUUCCCCCCCACCAUCUUCCAGGACACCGUCUGUUCUUUAAAAAGAAGAGGAAGCAAAGAUUUGCCAAAAUCUGAAAAAAAGACUCAACAGACUCCCACAGAGGAGGACAAUGAAGACCUGAAAUGCCAGCUGCAGUUCGUGAAGGAGGAGGCUGCCUUGAUGAGAAAGAAAAUGGCCAAGAUUGAUAAAGAAAAGGACAGAUUCGAACACGAGCUCCAGAAGUACAGAUCCUUUUAUGGGGAUCUGGACAGUCCUUUGCCCAAAGGAGAAGCCGGGGGCCCUCCCAGCACCAGGGAAGCUGAGCUCAAGCUACGGCUGAGGCUGGUGGAGGAAGAAGCCAACAUCCUGGGCAGGAAAAUCGUGGAACUGGAGGUGGAGAACCGAGGCCUGAAGGCGGAACUGGACGACCUGAGGGGCGACGACUUCAACGGCUCGGCCAACCCGCUCAUGCGGGAGCAGAGCGAAUCCCUGUCGGAGCUGCGGCAGCACCUGCAGCUGGUGGAAGAUGAGACGGAGCUCCUGCGGAGGAACGUGGCCGACCUGGAGGAGCAGAACAAGCGCAUCACGGCGGAGCUCAACAAGUACAAGUACAAGUCGGGCGGCCACGACAGCGCGCGGCACCACGACAGCGCCAAAACCGAGGCCCUGCAGGAGGAGCUGAAGGCGGCGCGCCUGCAGAUCAACGAACUGAGCGGCAAGGUCAUGCAGCUGCAGUACGAGAACCGCGUGCUCAUGUCCAACAUGCAGCGCUACGACCUGGCCUCGCACCUGGGCAUCCGCGGCAGCCCCCGCGACAGCGACGCCGAGAGCGACGCGGGCAAGAAGGAGAGCGACGACGACUCGCGGCCGCCGCACCGCAAGCGCGAAGGGCCCAUCGGGGGCGAGAGCGACUCGGAGGAGGUGCGCAACAUCCGCUGCCUCACGCCCACGCGCUCCUUCUACCCCGCGCCCGGGCCCUGGCCCAAGAGCUUCUCCGACCGCCAGCAGAUGAAGGACAUCCGCUCCGAGGCCGAGCGCCUGGGCAAGACCAUCGACCGGCUCAUCGCCGACACGAGCACCAUCAUCACCGAGGCGCGCAUCUACGUGGCCAACGGGGACCUGUUCGGCCUGAUGGACGAGGAGGACGACGGCAGCCGCAUCCGCGAGCACGAGCUGCUCUACCGCAUCAACGCGCAGAUGAAGGCCUUCCGCAAGGAGCUGCAGACCUUCAUCGACCGCCUCGAGGUGCCCAAAUCUGCGGACGACCGCGGCGCCGAGGAGCCCAUAUCCGUGAGUCAGAUGUUCCAGCCUAUCAUUUUACUUAUUCUCAUUCUUGUAUUAUUUUCAUCACUUUCUUACACAACAAUAUUUAAACUUGUCUUCCUUUUUACACUGUUUUUUGUACUGUAAAUCUUUCAUCAUUUACCAUUCAUUGUAGUAUUUUCAGUUUGUUUAUUUUGUUCACCCUUCAAGACAAGAAGUAAAAGAAGUAUAAUUUCUGUAGUAACCAAUGCUAUGAAAACACUGAAGACUGCUUAUUUCUUUAAAAAGACCCUCCUUACCACUACCAAAUUCAGUAAGAAGCCAAAGCACUACACUAUUUCAGGCUUUAUUUUAAAGGCAAGUGAGACUGCUUCAAGUAAAACAACUCCAAGCUUCCAAGAAACAGUUAAGAGAAGGCCGAGACGAGCAGAAACACCCCUUCACCAACACUCACCCGGUUGCCAUGGACCUGCAUAAGCAGUGGGGGAACACAGAGACUAGCUGGCACAAGGAAAAGAUGGAGUUACUGGACCAGUUUGACAAUGAAAGGAAGGAAUGGGAAAGCCAAUGGAAGAUCAUGCAGAAGAAGAUAGAGGAGCUUUGCCGUGAAGUAAAGCUUCGGAGGAAAAUCAACAUGAAUGAACGUGCUAAGGUCAUUGAUCUUGAUCGUGAGAAGGCCAUUCAAGAUGAAGUGGUGGGCUCGACUCCAGAUUACCCCAAUUCAGGACAAUGUGAAUUUACAAGAAUGAAUUACAGGGAUGGCCUGGAGAAAGAAAAUCAAACAGAGCAGAGCUUACUUAGUGAAAUAAAUCAGAUGUGUCAGGAAGAAAAAGCAACAAAAAAAUCAAAAGUAGGGUUUUUGGAUCCUUUGGCCGUAGAUGACCAGAAGGAAGGUGAGGCCUGGCCUGACCUGAGGACUUCCAAGGAAGAGAGCAGGGGCUGUUCUGGUGCCCUCAAUACGGCUCUUGAAGAACUUGCCAAAGUUAGUGAAGAAUUAUGCAGCUUUCAAGAGGAAAUUCGAAAACGUUCAAACCACAGAAGGAUGAAGUCAGAUUCCUUUCUCCAGGAAAUGCCAAAUGUAAUUAAUAAGCCUCAUGGAGACCACAUGAUCAACAAUGGCCAGUGCAUGCUUCCAAUCUAUUUAGAAAAAGAAAAGCAGAAAAAUAAAAAGAAUCUGAGCUGUACCGAUAUGCUCCAAAGCAAUAUUAUGAAAAAAUAUGGAAUUGAUACAAUUGAU